AUGGGCUGCCUCGGCUGCGAAUUCUUCGCUUCGGGUGAACUAAUUAGAGAGGUGAAAAGUUCUAGCAGCUCCUUGAUUGAACCGAAGAUAAAGAAGAGGAGGAAAAAGCCCAAGACGAGUGAGUACAGGGGAGUGAGGCGGCGGCCGUGGGGGAAAUGGGCGGCGGAGAUAAGGGACCCGUUGAAGGCGGUGAGGAAGUGGCUGGGGACGUUCGACACGGCGGAGGAGGCUGCGAGGGCGUACGAUAAGGCAGCGAUCGAGUUUAGGGGAGCUCGGGCGAAGCUUAACUUUCCGUUCCCGGAACAAGAACAGCAUCAAGAGAAGGAGAAUGAGAAUGAACCUAGUGAUGAGCUUAAAUUUCCGACGUUGAGUGAAGGCUCAUCGGUGGAGAAGGAGACAGGGGAGGAGCGUACUACAGUGGGGUUGUGGGAUGGGCUUCCUGACCUUUUCACUUUCCGUUCCCGGAACAAGAACAGCAUCAAGAGAAGGAGAAUGAGAAUGAACCUAGUGAUGAGCUUAAAUUUCCGACGUUGA